AAGAAGAAGUUAACUUCGCAAUAAUUAUUAUGAGUGGCACUUAUUAUUAUUAUAAGUGUUCCUUUUUUUUCCAUUUUAACUCUGGCAAGGUAACAGUUAAAAUUGACCUCGACAUAAUUUGAACUCAGAACGUAGAAUCGAAAGGAAUCGCCACCCCAAAAUGUUUUCGAAGCCCUAACGAUUAUGCCAACAUGAUGGUGGUCGUGGUGGUCGUGGUGGUAGUAGUAGUAGUGGUAGUAGUAGUAGUAGUAGUAGUAGUAGUCUUGCUAUUGUUGUUGCUGCUGGUUCUACUUCUGCUGCUACUCAUGAUAUUGAACUCCCGUUUGUGGGUGGAUGGAUGCUGCUGCUUGGAGUCCAUUAGAAUAUCUUUCAUUUUUGUUUGCAUUGUUUUUGAAAUGUUUCUAUGUGAUUUCUUUUUAUAGUUUCAGCUCGAGAACUGUGGCCAUGCUGAAGCACGAGAAAUGUUUGCUUAAUAUCUGUAUUAGAUGGAGAACCCAAGAGAGGCUCCAUUGUAAGUUCCACCCAUUCCGUUUUAAACCUUAGACUCUACUAAAUGUUCGUAUUUUCACAAAUAUUGAUUAACAUGAACAAGAAUUAGUAGACAGCAACUGCGGGAACAUGUCAUUGGAUAGAAGAAUUAAGCCUUUGCCAGUAUUAACAGCGCCACCUGGGUUUUGUAUAUUUUUAGUGUUCGACUUUGUUGAAAGUAUUCACACCAGAUUUUCGGUAUAAAAACAUCUUUCUCCCUUUUUGUCGUUAGGUUUAAUAAUUUCGAAAAGUGGACUGCGAGGUUUCCUUCGGUCUUAAGCGAAGUUAUAUAAGAAAAAAUAUUGAAGAAGAGAGAAAUUCGCACAAAUACAUCAGUUAAGAAACACUUGAGGAAAUACCUUGCCGAUGUCAUCACUGUUACCAUGAAACUUAAAAAGAAAACAUACCUGAACAUUAUGACUUUUUCCUGUGGGGAUUUCAGACUGGAAGCACUCGAUGAUACUUUAAAUGAACUACAGAAUGAAAAGAAAUUUUUACAAACCUCACUUGAUCAAUGUAAAAACAAAAGACUUCACCUUGAACAGAUUUUGGAGUCUGUUAAUAGCAAGCACACGCAAAUAUCAGAUCUGCAUCGAAAGCUAUCAGUGACUCUUCAAGUUGGAUAUCAUAAAGUAGCGCAGACCCAAAGCCAGAUCUUAAGUUUAGAAGAUCAAAUCCAAAAACAAAGAGACAACAUAAAGAAUACAUUAAAGAUAUUUGAGGAGCAAAAAACUAAUCAUUUAGAUAACACAAAAGAACUAGAGAAACAGUUAUCUGAUAUUGCUCAGAAACUGAGAAAUGCCAAAGCAUUCUAUACUGAAAGCAAUUUAUCUAAUGAAACCAAUUUGAUACGAAAGAAACAAAAAGAAACAGAGGAAAAAAUUCUGACUGUCAAGGCAGAUGUUGAAACGAAAAAAGACAAACAACUUCAAUGGCAACAAUAUUUCGAAGAGUUCAAAUCCAACUUUAUGGAAGGCUUCACCGAAUCCUUCAAACAAAUUGUUUGCUACAAGGAUAACAUAAACUAUAUGGUUCUUCUGUCCAUGAAAAUCUUUUUCAUUGCAACAUUCAUAACCGGAAAAUUUUCGAGUUGGAGAAUGAAAUUUACAAUGAAGAAUAUCUUGCUUUGAAAGAACAGUUUGAAAUACUAAAAGACAGAACAAAUCUGACAGACUGAAAGAAACAUAUAUUAUUUCUGAUCACAAAUUAUUUCACUUUGCCUCUUGAACAGCUGUUUACCAAGAAUUCUUUAUGAUAGUAUUUUUUUCGCCCAUUUUCCUUGUAUUUUCUUGUUGAUAUAUUAAUUUGGUUUAAUUCAUAUUCUUUAUUGUUUUAAUGCUAACUUUUGUCAUAUGUUCUCCGUUUUCUUCUAAAGUUUUGAUGUUUAUAUAUAUAUAUAUAUAUAUAUAUAUAUAUAUUAUGAUGCAAAUAAAACAAUAAACAUGCUUGAGCCUGGUAUAUAAAAUAUACAUACAUAUACAGGGUGUGGUGAAUAUAUUGUUGUCUAAAUUACACAAAAAUGAAAAUAACUCUGAGAUCUCAUUUUAACAGAUAUAUUUACGAAAAUUACAUAAAAAUAUCUUGAAAUACUAAAGAGUAAAUUUAUUCAAUAAAAUUGCCAUUGGCUUCAACCACUGCCUCCAGACGACUUCGGAAUCUCCUGCAACUCUUCUGGACGGUCUCCUUCUAUAAGUUGGUGAAUUCUGACAUAAUCUUUGCCUUCAGUUCAUCUUUGCUCUAACAAGGAUCUUUGUUGAUCUCUUGAUCAACUGCAUCCCACACAUGAUAAUCAAGGAGGUUGCAGUCUGGGGAGUUAGGUGGCCAGAUGUUAGGGGUGAUGUAGUCACAGAAAAAGUGGCUUCACCUGAACGUAUGAUGAAAUGUGUUUGCUACUAUGAAGAACCAAAUUUUGGAGAAUGUUUGGUGGGUGGUUAUAAUUUUUUAAUGUAAUAUUUUAUCAGACUUGUUUAAUUUAAGGCAAUAUAUAAGAAGGUAACUGUUGAGAAAUUAUUAACAAUUAUAUUUGUUAAAUCCAAAUUAAAAUAAGAACCUUUCUAAAU